GGGAUGAUACCACAUACUCACCAUUGAUGCAGGGUGUCUUGACUCAUGAGUCUUCGAAGGGAGUUUGCUGUCUUUUGUGUCAAAUCGACGCAGUGGUGAAGGGAAUAUUGUGCUGGGUGGAAACGCUGGGGGUGUACAUAAGAUCUGUCAUAUGGUCCCUGCCUGUAUCGUCUUACGUGAUACACCGACGAAGAAUUAUUAUGGACUUCCUUCCCCUCCCUCCACCCCCUCCGCCAGCACAGGCACGGUGUGUGUUCCGUUGAUCGUUGAUGGAUGGACGGUGGACGAUGAGACUGUGGCCGUGGACGAUGGGUGGAUGGAUGCAUUGAUUGCUUCUUGGUUCCUCUGGCGGGGUAUAAUUCGGCUGAUCGGACAAGAGAAGAGUGGUUUUUUCCUUUUCUCUUCUCUCGUCUCUCUUCUCUCUUCUCUUCACUUCACUCUUGACACGCUCUCGACUCUUCCCACUCUUCACUUUAUCCACUCUCUCUUCACUCCCAAUUUACGUCACAGUACAUUAACCAUCAAUGCACAUCAUGCGAUCACGUGACCAGAACACACCGGCCUAGAUUGACGGAUCGCUCCAGCUGCCACUCACUGUGCCCCCGAAACGUUGUUUUGCGUGGUUUUAGGUUUCGAUUGCUCUUUCAACAGUCUAACCAAAGUCUAACUUCACUACCUACCACACAGCCUUCUCCACCCAGCAUGCCAAUCAAAGUGAAAUAAACCCCAAGAUGCUCUUCACUUCAAACUCGCAUUCAAAUCUUCCAAAGGUCUCUUGUUGUUACACUUAGGUUUGGGACUCACAGGCUUCUUCCUGGUUGAAAAGCUUGUUUUGAUAAAAAAAGAUUUGGUGUUUCUCGACCUUAUCAUCAUUUUGGCACUGACGAAAGUCUGCCUCACCAAGUGCUUGUUGGCCUGAUUCCCUACCUGUCCUGUCUGCCUGCCUACCAACCUGCUCUGCUCUGCCUUUCCAUCAUAGUUCCAUAAAACUUAUUUCAAUCGCCCACCAACAAUAACCCUUCUUUACAUGGUCAAUCAACCAAACCUCCAAUCAUGGCACACUUUUCGGGUGUAGGUGCCUUUUUCAUCAUAGUUUUAAUCGUCGCUGUCAUCGGAGGGGUUGCGUGGAUUGUUUACACACAUUUGCGCGCACGACGGUUAGGCUUACCACAGCCCUCGUUAUCAUCUUACAACCCAUUCAAAGGCGGAUCCGAUCGAUACGGAGGAUCAGGGUCGGGACAAGGGGGAGUGGUCGGAUGGGUGAAGGAUAAAGUUAGUGGUUUAAAAAAUCGCAAUAAUCGAUCAGCCGGAGGAGCGUAUGAGGAGCCCUUAAGCAGCAACGUACGCGGUCGUCCAGAAAAUCGAGGUUUUGGUCCGCUAGAUCCCGAUGAUGCUUGGGACGCCCGAGUAGGAACAGAAGCUGAUGCAUAUGGACCUGGAGGAUAUUUCGAGGAACAAGAGCUUGGUUUACACGGUGGACAUUCGGGAGGCGCGGGAACAUCGGGUACGGCACCUGGAUUCUCAAGUCCUCCUCGUGGCAGAAGCUUAAGUCGCGAACCAGAACCAUAUGUUGGAGGAUCAAAAGCUGGGCUCGAUAGACGUUAUGAUGAGGAAAUGGGAAUACAAUCAGCGAACAACCCUUUCAACGAUCCAUCCGAAUUGAGGGGUGUGAGUCCAAGACCAAUGGACACGAAAAAUCACAAGGCGCAGGAUGACAAUCAUUCGGAGAGAAGGUCAAUGUUUAGAGAGAACAUGUAGGAUGGUGAUGGAUGGAGGUUAUGAUUUCUGAAUGACGAUACGGUACAAUGGGUGAACGGAUUUUGCGAUACUCACGGGCAGGCUGUACUUAGAUGGAACGAAAAAGACUUUACGAAUGCACAUCCUAUUUCAAAAUCUGCCCACAAUUUCCUCCACACGAUUGAGCAAUGAAGAUCUGAGACCAGAGAGCCGGAAAACGUUCUUGGGUGCUUCGACUUUGCUGAAGCUGCGUACAAUCCUGGCAUUUUUAGAUUAGGUAUUGUUAGGUCCAUUCUAGAUGAAUGAAAGGUCUCAUGGACUAAUUUACA